UGCUAACAGAGACAGCGGGAAUAAACCAGACCGCGGUGGUUUCAUUCACAGGCUGCUCGACGCUUCUUCUCCCCGGCCCCCUCUCCAGGAGAACACUCCCCCGGGUAGUACGGUGGUUCUUUGUGUUUCAGUCGGCCGACCGACCGAGCGAGCGGAGCAGCAGGGAGGGUUAUCCGGUUCUCCGUGAGGUUUUCUCGGCGGUUAUCUGAGCGGAGCGGCCGGAGGCUGAUGGCGGUCACUAUCGAGGAUCUGUACCGGAGCUACGGGGUCCUGGCUGACGCGAAGGAGGACCUCAGCCCGCACAAAGAUGCCUACCAAGUCAUCUUGGACGGCGUGAAGGGCGGCCCGAAGGAGAAGCGGCUGGCGGCGCAGUUUAUCCCCAAGUUCUUCAGCAGCUUCCCGGAGCUGGCUGACGCAGCCAUCAACGCUCAGCUCGACCUGUGUGAAGACGAGGACGUGUCGAUUCGACGACAGGCCAUCAAGGAGCUCCCGCGGUUUGCAACCGGAGAGAACAUCCUCAGAGUGGCAGAUAUCCUCACCCAGCUCCUUCAGACAGACGAUACGGCAGAGUUCAACCAAGUGAACGGAUCACUUAUUUCUAUCUUCAAGAUAGAUGCUAAGGGUACUCUCGGAGGCCUCUUCUCUCAGAUCCUGCAGGGAGAAGACAUCGUGCGAGAAAGGGCCAUCAAGUUUCUGUCCACCAAGCUGAAGACGCUGCCAGAGGACGUCAUGACGAAGGAGGUGGAGGACUACGUGUUCGCAGAGACAAAGAAGGUUCUGGAGGACGUGACGGGGGAGGAGUUUGUGCUGCUGAUGCGUGUGGUGUCGGGGCUGCGGGUGCUGCAGACGGUGAACGGGCGGCAGCAGCUGGUGGAGCUGGUGGUGGAGCAGGCCUUCCUGGAGCAGGCCCUCAACCCGGCAGACCCAGACACCGUGGACCGCCUGCUGCAGUGCACGCGCCAGGCCCUGCCCCUCUUCUCUAAAAAUGUCCAUUCCACACGCUUCGUUACCUACUUCUGUGAACACGUCCUGCCCAACCUCAGCGCCCUGACGAGUCCUGUGGCUGAGCUGGACAUCCAGCUGGAGGUGCUGAAGCUGCUGGCUGAGAUGAGUCCGUUCUGUGGAGACAUGGACAAGCUGGAGGCCAACCUCAACAUGCUGUUUACCAAGCUGCUGGAGUUCAUGCCUCUGCCACCCGACGAGGCGGAGAACGGCGAGAACUCGGCGAGCGAGGAGCCCAAACUGCAGUUCAGCUACGUGGAGUGUCUCCUCUUCGGCUUCCACCAGCUGGGGAAGAAACUGCCAGACUUCCUCCUCGACAAAGUGGACGCCGAGCGCCUCAAAGACUUCAAGAUCAGGUUACAGUAUUUUGCCAGAGGCCUGCAGGUUUACAUCAGACAGCUGCGAGUCGCUCUGCAAGGAAAGACGGGAGACGCUCUGAAGACAGACGAGAAUAAGAUCAAAGUGGUGGCCCUGAAGAUCACAAACAACAUCAACGUCCUCAUCAAGGAUCUGUUCCACAACCCUCCAUCCUUUAAGAGCACAGUGACUCUGUCCUGGAAGCCGGUCCAGAAGGCAGAGGCCGUAGCGGCCAAGCGUCCGUCGGGGGAGGAGAUGGGCUCCGGCGGCAGCACAAAGAAGCAGGUUUCUCCUCAGCCCCGGAGGGACGCACGGCAAAUCUACAAUCCCCCCAGCGGCAAGUACAGUGCCACCAUUGGCAAUUUUACCUAUGAGCAGCGCGGAGGCUUCAGGGGCGGCCGAGGACGAGGCUUCGGAGGCCGAGGCAACAGGAGCCGGGGCCGGAUCUACUGAGACCCCACACACACACAAAAACACACACACACAAAAACACACACACACACACACACAUACAGUACAUACUGCUCAUGAACUGCAUCACAUCAGGAUCUUUUCCGCACCAAGACGGACUAUUUGUCACCUUCUCCUCCUAUUUUUUUUAAACCGGUCUCCACAUCUUUUUCACUUUCCAACUGGCACAUCCAGUGUUUGUUUGUGUUGUUGUUUUUUGGAGGUUUCUGAGACUUUUCAACAUUUCUCCCCAUCGAUCCUCUGGGCCACGGCGACAAUAGUUAACAGUUCAUCUAAAUGUUUUCCCCCCUCUUCAUUUUUUAAAUAUUACUCUUACUGUGUAUUUUUGUGGAACAAAUGACUGCCAAGUUGUAACUGAUAAAUAUUUUUGUCAGAUUGUUGUAGGAAAAAGAUAAAGAUCCUCUUGUUUGGAACAUGUUGAUGAAUGCAUUUCUUUCUACCUUUUUUUAUUUAAUCGUGUUUUUUUUUUUUAUUAUUAGAGCUUGAGUUGAAUUGGCUGACUAUGCUACUUUGUAUGAAUCAAUGAUGUUUCAUUGGAUUUUUAUCAUAAACUUGUAUGGAAGUAUGA